AUGUCGUUGCAACUCCUGUCGAUCAUGCUCCUCUGCCACACACUACAACACCUACUUGUCAUACUGGUACUUGGAUAUACCCGCGCAGACUCUAUCCUUCGUCCAGCUCUACUCCCUUUGCUCCUUAUCCUUACGCUGUAUACCCUUCCUCUCAACGAGGCAAUACAACACCCGGUCGUCCAUGGGCUCGUCAACUUCAAUACGGUCGGUGUCUUAUUCCAGUACUUGGACUGUGCCUGCAUCAGCCGGUGGUCAUACUCCGCCGGUGGACCGACGUCCGGCGCAGGAGGCCAUCGCAGGCUAAGACCGGAACCUGAGCACGACAACACUGCCAAUACCACCAAGGGCCGGGGGCAGGUUUGGUCGCGAUUAGGAUUCGGCACUUCACUCGUCACAACUUGGCGAGGAGCAGGUACUGCCUGGGAGGUCCAGUACACCCCACGGUUCGAGCGGGUACCGAGCCGAAGACGCUUUCUCGUCGAGACCGUGCUGUGCCUGGCAUUGGAACUUCUCAUUCUUGACGCCCUGAGCCUGCCAAAGGGAGGCACGCCGGAAGGGAACGCCGUUGUAUUCUCAUGGGACAGGGUUAGGCUGCUGUCGCGAUUAUGGGACGUGUCUAGUGACGAGCUCAUCGUCAGGUUAAGGGCCGUCCUCGGGUUCUGGGUGGGAACGUAUUUCGCCAUACGAGCCAUGCAUCGUGUCCUGGCCAUUGUGGGCGUAGUGACGGGCCUCAAAGAUGUCCACCGCUGGCCGCCCUUGUUCGGGCCACUCGGUCAAACGUACACCUUGCGCAGCUUCUGGGGUAUAUUCUGGCACCAGACUUUACGCCAAAAGAGCGGGAGCCCGGCCCACUACAUGACGUACUCGAUCCUCGGAUUCAGGAAGGGAGGAAUAUUCGCACGUUAUCUCCACCUCUUUCUGACGUUCAUCGUAUCUGCAGUCAUACAUCUCCUCGCGGAAGAGUAUCCCUGGGGCAUUGACUGGGAUCGCAGCGGUACAAUGAGGUUCUUCAUGGCCCAAGCAUUCGGUAUACUCUUGGAGGAUCUCGUGCAGUCUACUCUUGGCACGCGCGAGCCUCGCUGGUGGACCAAGGCCAUGGGAUGGAUCUGGGUUUCACUCUUCGUCUUCUGGUCGUCGCCAAUGCACUUUUAUCCCCGCCUUCAGGUGAUGGACAUGAGUGGCGGAGGUGUUCCACCCGUAAGUGUUUUGCGGCCUGUGAUGGACCGUUUGUUGGCACGCUUGGUGGCGUAG